AUGGCCUCACAGCCUAGCGCCAAGCCGGUGCGGACCCAUGCUGCUUGUACUCAUGUCACAAUGGUUCGCGUGUACAGUUACGUCCUUCGAUGCGACUCUUGUGAUAACUAUGGUCCUUUUGGAUGGCUGUAUCGAUGUUCCCAGGACCGCGAGGAGAUCCUACGUGACUCCAUUUUCUGCGGAGAUGAGGUUACGUUUGAUGACCUAGGAAAACAACUUAUUACAGCAGUCCAGCCAAGACACCGUGGGCCUGAGAAGCGGGCUGGAAACGCCGCGAGCUUUCUCGAGGAGAUGCCUUCAAAUCAUAUCGCCAAAACCUAUACCAGCGACCAGCUGCUGACCAUCUUCCAUCAACGCAAGCAUCUUGGAAAUGUCCUCCGACGUGAAUCUGUGCGGAAGACUGCAGCUACAGUUACAGAGUCCAACACCUACGAAUUGGAGGAGUUCUUGGACCAGAGUGCCAACCCCUGGGUACCGAGUCUCAAAGAAGAAUGCCAGUACAAGAUAUGUCCCUACUGCCGUCCCGGCGGUGCCGAUAGAGCAUAUAUUAGCCUCGACGGUAUUGCAGACGGCAGCAUCCCAGCCACGGCAGCGACAGGUUUUGGGUUUCACCUCUUCCGACAAAGGCCUAUUUGUAACUCCAAGUUGGUUGCAAAUCUAGGUCUUCGUUCGUCUUCAACAUCUGGAGCUUCCACAUCCUCGUCAGCAUCCUACGAGAGCCCAUCGUCAAAAACCACCAAAGACAGAACUGAUCCCGGUCUAGCAACUCACCUAAUGUCUCAACUGGAUUUAUCUACUUUGGCUCGUAUGGCUAAACCAAUUUCGCCUUAUCCGAUCCCACACGCACACAUCCCUCGGUCCCCCGGUAUUCCAAAUCUUGCCGCUCAAGCGGGACGACCGGAGUCGACAGAUGGCGAUUCAUCUCUUCAAGACAGCGCCGUUGCAUCGGUUAGUUUACCGUCUACCGUAGACGAUGCGGUCGUCAGAGGCGUCACAGAGAUGGAAGAGCAUGAAGAGAAGGAGAGAAAGUUCUCUGCCCAGCCGCUUGAGGUUCACAGCGGAGUUGCUGUCUUGGAAGAGAGCGUAGGACUGCACGUGCCCGACUUGGUAACCCAAAUAUAA